UAGGAGCAGAAGAAAACGGAGGUUUUUCUUUUUCCGGAUCAUCCAAAAGUUUCUCCUUUUUUUCUCUCCCCAUUCUCUCUUUCGCCGUUCCUGCGAUUCUGCAAUUCCUAAGCUUUUCAUAUUCUUUCAGAAUCGUAGCAAUGGCGCUCCCUCGUGGUUUUUGAUUUUAUUUUUUCUUCUUUUCUUUCUUUUCUCAUUGCGAGAAAGGGGUUGUUGUUUUUCUCUCUUCAUCCUCGCCGCCGAUUCGUCGCCGGCAGAUGGCCAACUCGCCACCAUCGUCUCCAAAUCCUCCGAAGUUGGUGGAUUGUUGGUCGCUUCUGUUUUUUUCUCGCUAGGGUCUCAACUCCUCCCACAUAUAUUAAGGAGAGAAAGGAGGAUCUGAUUCAGAUUGAUCGCGAACGAUCUCCAAUUAUCUACGCAUUGGGGUUUGAAUUUGGGGAUUCACAUUGGGAAGAAAUGGGGAAAGGUUGGUUUCUCGUAGAGAAAGCGAGAAGAUGCUUAAGGACGGUGUUCUUCAUGUUUGCGAUGUUGGUGUCGCUGUUAGUCUCGUCGUUGCCUGUGCUUGUAGCCAUCGGCGACGUUUUGGUGCCGACUUUUCUGCUCUCGAGCUUUACUUGUUUGACGUGCUAUGGAUUCAAGGAGCAUCUGAGUCGAUACGCUUUCAAGAGCUCUUUGACUGAGAUUCCUCUCGUCUCCCUCGUCAGAUCUUUCCUCGUCAUCUGUGUGUAUUCACUAUCCGAUGGCCCUGCACUCUCCCACGGUCCUUACCUUGGAACUGUGUCUCUCUGCUCUCUUGUUUCAAUUAUUCUUCUUUCAGUAAAAGCUUGCGUUUUCACUGCUAAUUCUCAACUUAACGCGGAAGCCUCGUCCUCUCCGUCAAGGCAACGACUCCAUCUGAACAAGUCUUGGGGAAUGCCGGUUUUGUUCCUUUCGUCUGUGGUUUUUGCUCUUGGCCAUACGAUUGUUGCUUAUAGAACAAGCUGCAGAGCAAGGAGGAAACUUUUGUACCACAUUGUCGACCCUGAAGCACUUCUCUCGUGCAAAAGUGUCUUCUCCAGCUACCAGAAAGUCCCACGUUCUCCCAUUCCUUUGCUAGGAAAGUCCUCCAAGAUGAUUGAUGCCGAGGCCAGACGUAAGUUGCCUUCGUCAACAUCCCACGAUGAAGGAGAGCUUCCAGUGAGAUUGCUUGCUGAUCUUGACAGCUUAUUUGUUACAGUCCGAGGGCUCACUGUGCAUUACAAGAUUUGCACACCUGCUUCUCCUCGCCAGUCUGUCUCCUCAACUCUUUCUCUUGAAGCUAAUUCUAUGCUCAAUAUGCCAGAGGCAAUGGCAGGUCGGUUGAAGCUUGACAGGAAAAUAUUGAGCAUGGCCACGAGAAACAAGCUCAAUCACCACCACCAUAGGAGCUACAACAGUCUGCUCAACGAUUCUUCUUCGCUGCACGACCCUCUCCUAGAUGGUUCUCCUACUUCUCCUCCUCUUUUCAAAGAUAUGCAGGAAGAAGCCUGUCGAGAGGAUGACAUGAAUGUGUGCAAUUUUGGUGCCACGGAGCAGCAAGGUGCGGAUGGAAGCCGUCAAUUUGGUGUAGUGCUGGUUCAUGGAUUUGGCGGAGGAGUGUUUUCUUGGAGACAUGUGAUGGGUUCUCUCGCCCAUCAGCUUGGUUGUGUUGUCACUGCAUUUGAUAGGCCUGGUUGGGGGUUAACCGCAAGGCCUCAUAAAAAGGAUUUGGAAGCAAGAGAAUUGCCAAACCCUUACACUCUGGAAAGUCAGGUAGACAUGCUUCUUGCUUUUUGCCACGAAAUGGGAUUUGCUUCGGUAGUAUUGGUUGGCCAUGAUGAUGGAGGUUUGCUUGCGCUCAAGGCUGCACAAAGACUGAUAGCAUCGAAAGGUCCCGUCAAAGUGAAAGGAUUGAUUUUGCUUAAUGUAAGCUUGACGAGGGAAGUAGUUCCAGCAUUUGCAAGAAUACUUCUGCACACAUCACUAGGAAAGAAACACCUUGUGCACCCGCUUUUACGCACUGAGAUAGCUCAGGUGGUGAAUCGUCGCGCUUGGUAUGAUCCUACCAAGAUGACAACAGAUGUCUUAAGGCUAUACAAGGCACCUCUUCAUGUGAAAGGCUGGGACGAGGCACUUCACGAGAUAGGUAGACUCUCAUCGGAAAUGGUGCUUCCAACUCAAAAUGCACUGUCACUUCUCAAAGCAGUUGAAAACGUACCAGUAUUAGUCGUUGCUGGAGCAGAAGACGCACUUGUUUCCCUCAAGUCCUCCCAAAUCAUGGCUUCAAAACUCGUAAACUCUAGGCUAGUAGCAAUCUCAGGAUGCGGGCAUUUGCCACAUGAGGAGUGUCCCAAGGCGCUUCUUGCAGCCAUGUCCCCAUUCAUCAGCAGACUUGUACUUAGUGACUGAGUGAUCACUUCUUGUUGUCUUCUUAGCUCACAAUCGAUUAGUGUUUGUGUGUUUUUUUAGUCUGCCCCAAAUGGAAAGAAGGUGGGGUGACUGUUGUCUUAGCAGUUGUGUAUUCAUCAUAACCAGAGUUAUUGUAGCCCUUCUCUGUUUUUCUCAUCUGGUUUUUUUUUGUUUUGUUUUGGAGUUUGUAUUUAUUUGUCUAUUGAAAGAUGAGUGGCUGAGCUGAUGAUUCUCUGUAAAAUUUUCCGGUUUUAAAUGCGCAUAGCAUCAAUGUCAUUCCAUC